AUGGAGACCCUGGAUGAAUUUGACAACGAGUACCCGCUAACGGUUUCCUUCUGUGAGCAGAUUUCCCCGCAGGCUUUUGAUCAGCAGGCCCUGAGCUACACCAAGAAAUCCCUGCAGGAACUUUAUGCUCAGAUGGAGCAGAACCCGGGAAUCUGCAAGCGGGUGCUACGCAAGAGGAAACAAUCCGAAAACGAGAAAGCUGGCUUGGUGCGAUUUCUGAAGGCCAAGCUCUUUUACAUGCUUCAGGGAGACAUGAACUCUGACAACGUGCUGGGGGAACUGGAACUGGAAGAAAAGGUGGAGCAACUGAGGCAGGAGAUGGAAAAGGCUAGUGAUUAUGCGUGCGCUGCCAAGACAGCAUUAUGGAGGCCUUUGGAGGUGCAGAUGGGGAAGACUGCCCCGCUGGGAGGAUUCAGCCCCAGCCAGAACAAACUUCUGGACUCCGGUGUUCCAGCCAUGCCCAGAAUAUUUGGUUCCUUCCCAAAGCAGGUAGAGAGGAGCCCGGCUUCUGGCGCAGACCUGAAGCAGCUCUGGGCUGGCCUGGCGUCCGCCAACAGAAAGAGCCUGGUUGACCUGCGCCCCUUCGUGUUGAACCCCGGCGGCUUCCGUCCCUCAUUCCUGGGGAGUAACAUCAGCCGGCUGAAGUACUCCAGCUUCCCAAGGAGUCCUGCCAGUGGCCCUGCUCCGUCCUCUCACAGUGCCGGCUCACCCGGCACCACGGCCGUCUUCAACACGCCUGUGCUGCCCAAGUUCAAAGGCGACAAAGAUGAGGAGAAAGAGAGCGAAACUGCCGGCCCCGAGUCAAAACCUACAGGGGCCUAA